AUGCGGCGACUACCGUGCACAGUGAACCAGGUAUCGAAGAAGGCAGACUACCCACUUCCAACAACAGAUGAAGUCCUUAGCCACUUGAGGGGAGGCAAGGUAUUCAGCACCCUGGAUUUGGCACAAGCUUACCAGCAACUUCACGUAACGCCAGAGACAUCAGAGAUAUUGACCCUGAACACGCUGAAAGGGCUUUACAAGGUCAAACGAUUGCCUUUCGGAAUCUCUGCAGCUCCAGCCAUUUUUCAACGCUUUAUGGAGACUAUGCUGUCUGGCAUCACAGGCGUUUGCGCAUACCUAGAUGACGUGAUCAUCAGUGGAAAAGACGCCACUGAACACGCCGAGAGACUGGAAGAGGUUCUGAAGAGGCUGCGCAAUUGCAACCUUCGUCUCGGCAAAAACAAGUGCUGUUUUGCAGUGCGAGAAGUUUCUUUUCUGGGACACCGAAUUGACGAGACAGGCGUCCACACCAACGAAGAGAAAGUUCGAGCAAUAACGAAUGCUCCAGCACCAAACUGCAAGCAAGCACUUCAAUCAUUCCUUGGAAUGCUGGCUUUCUAUGACAGGUUUUUGAAGAACAGGGCAACAAUUGCCAGCUGUCUCUACCAGCUCCUGCAGAAGGACGCCACGUGGAGAUGGGAGACCAAGCAUCAAGAAGCAUUCGAUAAACUGAAGAGAUUGCUUCUCAGUCAGACCGUACUGGCACACUACGACGAACAGAAGGAGCUUCUCGUCUCAUGUGACGCUUCACCAUACGGCAUAGGAGCUGUUCUGUCUCAACGUGAUGACCAGAAUAGAGAGGCGCCAAUCGCUUUCGCAUCUCGGACGCUAGGGACAGCGGAACGCAAUUAUGCUCAGUUGGACAGAGAAGGCCUUGCCGUAGUGUUUGCUGCACACAAGUUCCACAAAGCACGUCUGACACAAGAAGACAGCAUCCUGCAGAGGUUGUACAAGGCAGUGCAGGAUGGCACAGUGGAGAAACUCACUGGAGAUGAGUUCGCUCCUUACCGACGACGAGCGACCGCACUAGCAUUUCAUCGCGAGUGCCUCACGCUUGGAUCACGGGUGAUCAUACCGAGCUCAGCACGAUCCCACUUUCUGGCACUUCUGCACGCUGGUCACCGAGGCAUGGUAGCCAUGAAGAAGUGCGCAAGGAGCUACGUAUGGUGGCCCGGAAUCGACAAGGUGAUCGAAGAAACGGUGCGACAGUGCCGUGAAUGCCUUUCAACGCAGAAGAGCCCACCCAAAGCUCCUAUUCCCUCCUGGGACCGUCCCAAGACACCAUGGCACACGGUGCACGUUGACUUCGCGGGGCCACUACUCGGGCGCACCUACUUGGUUGUUGUGGAUGCACACACAAAGUGGGUGGAAGUCCGGCACGUGACGCAAGCAACAUCCGCGGUUGUCAUCGAUGUGCUACGAAGCAUUUUUGCUACGUUUGGCAUUCCCCGAAAGGUCGUCUCCGACAACGGAAAAGCCUUUAUUUCCAACGAGAUAAGGCAGUUCUAUACGGCAAAUGGCAUACAGGCUACAACGUCACCAGCUUACCAUCCUGCACAAACGGCCAGGCAGAACGCUAUGUGGCAGAGCUGA